AUACCUCUAAACAUUCCAAAUCAUCUAGUAAGAAGCUUUUUUCAAAGGAAAAAGAGAUUUCGUCAAAUGAAGUUAGCACAAGUUCUACAAGUGAGACGCGACACACUUCAGCAGCUACAGGCAGAAAGCGCUUCUUGCCACCCAGGAAAUUCGGGCCGCUAGCAGGUGUUGUGAGCUCUGAUUCGUUGUUAGAAGACGACAGCAACACCUUCUAUUUAUCUUCUGAGGACUUUAUAUUAAUAACAAAUAAAGAAAGUGACUUACAAGGCUGUGAAUCAAUCGACGAAGCGAAUAGUAUGAUGGAAAUCGAGCAAUCAACAAAUGAAGUUUCAGAACCUCUUUUCAAAACAUUCGCUGAAGAUUUAGAAAGUGGACUACGUAGUAAAACCCAAGAAGAGGAGAUCUUACCUGAAAAAUACGAAAAGAGACAUCGAAAAUUUGAAUUAUCAGAAAAAAAACUAAAGAACCGAGAGCGUGAAAGACUAACAUAUGAAAGAUAUCAACAGCAACUAGCAGUAGAGAAAUUACGAAAUAUGGAGAUGAAUCGAUUAAUUCCAAUUGCAGCAUUACGAACAGAAUCAUCGACUACGAUUGAUGCUAAUGAUAUAGAGAUUAUGCAUAAAAAAUUGCUUCGAGAAGCGGAAGAUACAUUAAAAAGAUACGAUGAAUUAGGGUUAGGUGGGAAAAAGCGAAAACCAGACUUUCCUACUAGCAGUGGAGAAACAACAGAAAGCGAGGCUACAAAAAGUCCAGAAGGUGUAGUAAAUACAAAGAAACAAAAGCAAAGACGAAAAGAUAAAACAUCAUCAAAAAAGCUGAAGCUCAAAAUCCCAUCAAAUAAAUAUAAAAACAUUGAUGAUGAUUCAUCUAAACAAUCAAGAAACAGUAUUAGUACAUCGGCUUUAAGUAAUAUUCCAGAAUAUGAAAUAGAUAUAAUUGAUAUCGGUGAAUCUACAGGAAUAACUACCUUCAUCAAACCAAAUACACCCAUGCCAACAGGAUAUCGGAAAAGCACGCGGUCAGCAUUAGCUUUUGGAACAAAAUUGCCGGUCGCUUUAAGCAAAAAACAUAAUUUCGAGUUGCCAGAAGAAGAGUUUGGCGGUUUGCUUCGCCAGAGAGAAGAAUACCGAGCAGCGAAUCCGGACACUUAA